UCCAGGGCCGUUCCCCAUCCAGGAGCAAGUCACACAAACAACUGUGCUGCCCAGACUGCAUUCCCCUAUUCCCAAGGGAACGUCCUCUCUGCUUCAACUGAUUCCUGUCUCUGACAGAGGUGACUGAUGUAUGUGGGAUUUUCUGGCUUUGAGAGCCAUCUACAGAAAGUACAUAUUGAUUGGAUCAUCCUGGAACAGACCUCCUUUAGCAUGGAAACCCUGAGAAUCUAUUUCCAUCUCCAACCUGUGCAGUAGCAAACAGAAAAUUUUAAUAUGAGUUAAACUGAAAACCUGUAACACAAUGUCAGAUCUGUGAUCCUUCUAGCUCUGGAUGGGGGUGACUCCAAGCUUCAAAAGAGAGAGUAAGAAGCUGUAAAGGAGGUAGGUGUAAAGGUGUAUGUCAGUGUGGGCCUCAAGAGUUGCAUGAACUCUCUUUAGACCAUCCAGUGUUGUAGCAGACCACAUUGUGACCUGAGUGACCCCAAAUUUGAUAAUCUCUGUGACUCUGUCAUCCUACAGCACCGUUAAUUCCUCAAGGGGAGAGCUGCAGGAUGUGGCUGCGUCAGGAACACUGUUAUUCUCCUUUGUCAUCAUCCAGAACAUGUUAUCUCACCUCUCACUUGGAAUUACACCUCCCUUAUCGGCUGCCAAAACAAAAAGCUACCGAUGGAUGUGCACAGAAGUAGCUUUAUGCUAAUUAUUUAAUUACAGCUAAUGACUGUUUGGUGUGUGUAUUAGCAUAUGUCAGUGCUUCUCAUAGUUUAUUUGAAUAGGCUAUACAGGUGAGGCAGUGAGAGGGAAAGUGCUGUUUGGCUUUGCAGGCUGUGCUGGUGGGUGCACCUGAGUGCAUGGCUGUGCCACAGGACUCCCCGAGCAGGGGAAGUGCCUUCUCCCACCGGCAGCCGCUGUAACCCGGGCGAGCAGGGCAGGGGGGCUGGCAGAACGUGGCUGAUGUAGGGACCCCUCCUGCAGGCCUAGGAAAUAGUAAACAGGAGGAUUAAAGCCUUUCAAAGAUAGAAUAGGUUCUGCUUUCAUAAUAUUUUUCUUUUCAGCCUCCACAAGAGUUGGCACAGCUCAGUGUGCUACAAAGCACCCUUUUUUCCCCUUGCUCAGAACAUCUUUAAUUAAUUCUUGGCAGGACUAUCUAACUCUGCACGUAGAUAGGAAUAAACUCCAGCAAAGCAGGGGCCUCCUGCAAGGCCACUCACCUGGGUCGCUCCGCUCCAGGACUUUUUGCGAGUACAGAGACUAUCCCUGCAUGAUACUCCUGUGGCUGACAAGUGGAUGUGGUAGAGCAAAGGCACCAACAUCUGGACCCACACACAGAGCUGGAAAAUGCGGGGUUUCUCCAAGUGCUGGAUCUGUUCAGCAACCUGCACAGAUUGGACCCAAAGCACCUGCUUGGCAUUGGGAGAGGAAUCUUUCCAGGACACCAGUAUAAUGUGAAAAUGCAUUUCAAUGCACCUUAUCUUUGAAGGCUGUAGUACCUGCACCAUCACCAUGGCUGAGGUCACUGGGGACCUACUACUUUGCUUAAUGCAAGCCAAUUGAUUUCAGGGGGCACUUGGUGCCUAUGUACACUUUAAGAUCUAGAUUUUAAGGAUCCCAAGUAGGAACAUAAAUCAGUGUCAAGUGUUUGUGGUUUUUGUGACUCAGAUGGUGAGGGAACUCAAUAUCCUCUUAGCAAUUUGUUCAACAUAUCUAAAAAUCUAUUUUUCUGAAGGGGCAGAAAGAAAGAAAAUCAGGAGGGCAGCAAAAGGUAAUAAGCACUGAAUUUGCUUCUGGAUUUUCUCCCUGUGUCUUCAAAAUACAAAAAUGUUAUUGCCAAAGUUGGUUCUGAUUUCCUCUCAGAAACUGUCUACUGUCUCUUCCAUGGACAGUGCUGAAACAGAAUGCAAAUGUGAGCAGUUAAAAUACCUCUACUUGAAGGUGACAAAAUUAGAUUGGUGCAGUAACUUGGUGACGUUUCUCUCCUUUUCCCCUCCACCCUUCCCUAAGCAGCGCUGUUAUUUUACAGCAACAGAAAUCCUCUCAGAGUUUUUUAACUGACUCAGAGCUACAGACCUUUACUACUGCAAGAAGAAAGCAGAGAGAGAGAGAUUAUUUUUCAGAAACACAAGCAGUAUCUUGCAGAAAUCAUGACAUUUACUGGCUUAUUUUUCUUCUGUAUGCUGAUCAACAUGCUAACAGAUGCCCGAUCAAUCCAGGAUGGAGAUGAUCCCUACCAGGAAUCUGUAGCCUUGCCGUACUGGCCCUUCUCAUCCAAUGAUUUCUGGUCCUACGUUGAAUAUUUCCGGACCCUGGGAGCGUACAACAGGAUCGAUGAAAUGGCCAGAACCUUCUUUGCCCAGUUCCCUUUUGGGAGUCACCUUGGCUACCAUGUGCCCAACCAUGAGCACUAACUGCUUCGCUCGUUUUUGCUAAAGCCAGUGCCAGGAUGUUUAAGUGAAUACACACGGCUGUCAGCGAAUGCACCUGAACUGUCCCUCAGCCACUGAUUAAUACUCAUAGCAGCCACGUGUAGCAUUUUAUGCUUUGAAUUAUUCUUUUCUUUUUUAUAAUUUAUGCUUUUGUGCGAAAUCAAUAAACUCCUCGAUGCUGU